AAAGAGAAGAUCUGUUGACGAUUUUUUCCUAAGAAACUGUCUACCAUGAAGAUUCAUCUCUUUUUCUUUAUUCUGCUCUUUUGGGUCACAGUUUUACCAGCCAGAAAGAGAUAUCCUGAGUAUGGUAGCUUGGAUUUGAGGAGAGAAUGCAUACAGGGUAAUGGUCGAUGUAAAAAUGAGUGUCACCAAAAUGAAGUUAGGAUUGCUUACUGCAUAAGACCUGGAACUCACUGCUGCUUGCAGCCAUAAGGAUGACAGAAGAAAAGAGACAUAUGCUCCAAGAAGAGAGGACCAUUGUUACUAAGUCUUCUCAGCACGUCCUUCAAGGCCUAUGUGUCUCUAUAAUACACAAAUAAUUAAAUAAAAUGUAAUAAUGAACCAU